CCAGAGAGAGAGAGAGAGAGAGCGAGAGAGAGAGAGAGACACUCACUAUCUAUUACAUUACAUUCAUAAAAAGCUUUACUUUCAACUUGUGUCUCUCCACAACAAAAGGAGGAUUGUGAGGGGCACACAAAGGGAAGAUUGGGAAAGUCUUCCCAUUUAACCUCCACAACCAGCCCGUCAUGCUCGACUCGUGGGGUCAAGUGGAGCGGGACGUUCCUGCGCGUGACCGGACCCGUCGGACGUCUCCGCGCGUGAAAUGAUGACAAAAAGAAAAGAAAAGAAAAGAAAAGAGGGAUCCGCGAUGGUGGUUUGCUCUUCUCUCUGGUAACUAUGGGCGCGCACGUCCUGGAGUCCAACUCCAGCGGCAACUUCACCCCCGCGGUGGCCGGGGUCGAGCUGCCGGGCUACCUGGCCGUGGUCCUGUCGGUCCUCAUGGUGGCUCUGGACGUGGUCGUGGUGGCCGGAAACGCGCUGGUCAUCAUGGCUUUCAUUGUGGAUAAAACCCUGAGGAACCAGAGCAACUACUUCUUUCUGAACCUGGCCAUCUCGGAUUUCCUCGUGGGUGCCUUCUGCAUCCCCAUGUACAUCCCGUACAACCUGACGGGCCGCUGGAUGCUGGGCAAAGGGCUCUGCAAGGUGUGGCUGAUCAUGGACUACCUGCUCUGCACCGCCUCCGUCUUCAACAUCGUCCUCAUCAGCUACGACCGCUUCCUGUCGGUCACGAGAGCAGUUAAAUACCGAGCGCAGAGAAACAUGACCCGCCAGGCCGUGUUCAAGAUGGUGGCGGUGUGGGCGCUGGCCUUCCUCCUCUACGGCCCCGCCAUCAUCUUCUGGGAGGUCAUCGUCGGCGACAGCGUCGUCCCGUCUCACGAGUGCUACGCCGAGUUCUACUUCACCUGGUACUUCCUGCUCAGCGCGUCCACCUUCGAGUUCUUCACGCCGUUCGUGUCCGUGGCGUUCUUCAACCUCAGCAUCUACCUGAACAUCCACCGCCGGACCAAGAACGUCAACCUCGGCGCCGAGGACGCCGUCCGGACGCGGCCGGUCGGCAAGCAGCAAACGGACGGAGCGAGCUGGUCCGUGUUCUUCGUGAAGACUCGGAAGGUGUCGUCCAGCGAGCCCGCCGCCAUCACCGCCGUCAUCGAGGACGACGUGGACGUCCUGUCGCCGUCCUCCUGCAACAACAGUCAGAUAUUCCUGCAGCGGGAGAAGUUCUCUCCGAACCGUAUAAACCCGAGGCUGUUUCAGCACGCGGCGGCGCCCGGCCGGACGACGCAGGCGGCGCGUCUCUCCCGGGACAAGCAGAUCGCCAAGUCCUUGGCCAUCAUCGUCUGCAUUUUUGGGAUUUGCUGGGCGCCGUACACCCUCCUGAUGAUCAUCCGCGCCGCCUGCAGCGGCGAAUGCGUGGCGAACUACUGGUACGAGAUCACGUUCUGGCUCCUGUGGCUGAACUCCGCCAUCAACCCGUUCCUUUACCCGCUUUGCCACAGCAGCUUCCGAAGGGCUUUCUCAAAGAUACUGUGUCCCAAAAGACCGUCGGUCCAGCCGCAGGUCGAGGUUCAGUCCUGUUAGACCAACUCAGAAUGCACGUCCACGCUUUACGAGGGCGGCGGCAACUGUAACACUGUAAAAAAAAAAAAAAAAAAAACUCACAUAUAUUCUGUUCUUCCAUUUGAAAAAUCCGGCUUUUCAAAAGAAAUAAGAGGAGGUGUUUGCGUUGAAGUGAGGAUGUUCGCUGCAUAUCCGACAGCAAUGCAGCUCAACACGAGCCUGAUUCACACAGGACGAGCGUGACCAGGGGAACCUCGCGUGAUAUUUAAAAAAAAAAAA